GCUUUUCGAAGCACAUCUGCCUCAGGCUGCGACUUCCUCUAUCGAACAUGGAGCUUCACAACUCAAACGAAGACUUCGCGACGAACCAACUGACUCGCACGUAUAUAAUCCUGCCUGAUAUUGUGCCUUCUGCUUCGAGCUGCUCACCAUGCGCUAAUCUGUGUUGCUUACCUUCCACGUACUCAGAAAAGGGGAGAAGACUCACUGCCCAGAUUCUUGACAGCCCGAUCGCAUUCUCCUUCAACAUGGCCUACUACGGCCCUCCAGGCGGCUACCCCAGCCAACCCCCUUACAGCCAAACACCUUUCGGCGUACCACCAGGCAUGGCACAGUCACCCACUGGUAUGCCUUCACAAUUCCAGCCUCCACCCAACAUGCCACCAGGCUUCAACCCCACCGCACCUGUCAUCCACUUUGGCAUGGACCGGGCCCCACAAGUCGACGACAUGCGCGGAGGAGGUCGUGGAGGUCGCUUAGAAGGGCGAGGUAGUAACGCCGAACCUCUGGGCGGACGGAGUCGGCUUGGACUUGGCGCCAGAGAUGAUCGUGGAGCAGGGAGGGGUGGUGAUAUCGAUGAGAGGCGUGCGGCUGUCAGAGAGAGUAUGAUGGCGCUACAGCCGCCGACGAGGGAAGAGGUUGCGCGGACGAUCUUUAUUGGUGGCUUGGGAGACGGUACGCCGGGCGAUGAGCAUAUUGAGAGUAUACUCGGCUGUGCUGGAAAGCUAAGACGGUGGACGAGAGUGAGAGAUGCGGAUGACAGGAAGUGCAAGUUCGGGUUUGCGGAAUACGAGGAUGUGGACAGUUUGGAGGCUGCGAAUGAGAUCUUUGGCGGUGGGGUGGAGGUGCCUGUUAUGAAGAAUGGCGUAGCGGAGAAAGAUGAUAGUGGCGAGGUGAAGACGACGAAGCUCCUCGUCGUGGUCGAUGAUCAAAGUAAAGAGUAUAUUAGCGAGUGGAAGGGCAGGCGGAAAGAAGACCCCGACGCAAGACAGUUCCGCAUUGAUGGCUGUCGCGAGGAUAUGCGGCAAUGCAUCGCUUCCCUCUCGAACCUCGGCGCAUUCGCCGCCAACGCAGAGGCUACCAACGGUCGACAUGACGCAAACGGCGACAUCCACAUGCAGAACGGCGAUUCGAUCGUAGCCAACGCAGACUCCGUCACCAUCCCAGUGUCACAAGAAGACGAACUAUCCGACAUACCCGUCGAGAUGCGACCCACAAUAGCCGCUGAGAUUCGAUCCUUUCGAAACCGCUCGCAUCAGAAAGAUAUCGAGAAACUUCGCCACGAAGAAGAAUUAGAAACCCUCCAGCGCCAACGUUCCGCCCCCGUCUCCAGACUCGCCCGCGACUCCCCUCCACCCGGCGGUGCAAACGGCGUCCCCGUUGGUCCACGCAGCCAAAUAGGCGUUCAAGGUGCGCCAGUCGGCCCCAAAGGUUUCCGUGGCACCCAACUCCCCUCCGACUACACCAACGGGGUCGCCUUCGUUGGUCCUAACGGCGCGACCAACGGUUCCGCCCGCGACGCCGACGAAGAUGCAGAAGAGAGCGACAGUGAGCUCGAGCGUCGCCGCCAAGCGAAGAAAGACGAGGAACUCCACCGGGCGUACCUCGACGCGGAACGCCGGUGGACUCAUCGCGAGCGCACCCGUACCGCAGCCCAUCAGCGGGAAAAGCAACGCGAGGAGGAAGAGAAGCGGGCGGUUGAGUAUCAGCGGGAGGCGCUGGAGAGGAGGUUGAGGGAAUGGGAUGAUGAUGUUGAGGCGAGGGAGGGGAGGGAGGAGUAUUAUCAUGACCGUGGGGCGUGGUUGAGGAAACGGGCGGUUUGGAGGGAGAGGGAGGGGAGGGAGGAUGAGAGGGAUCGGGUGUUGGAGGAGAGGGAGGCGGCAGAGGAGAGACGCCGUGAGGCCGAAGCGCGUGGAGGGGUGGCGGGAGAUGGGUUGGUGGAGCGGAGUGGGGAUGAGAAAGCCGGACAGCCUACUGCUGGGGCAGCGGCGGGGUUCAAGAUUUCGCUCGGUUCGGCGGCGAAAUCGCGUGCACUUCCUGCUACUGCUACUGCUACCGGACCCGGCGGCGUGGGUGUCAAGCGCGGAUUAGCAGACGUCGAAGGCCUGCUCGAAGACGAGGAAGACGCCGCUCUGGCCUCCGGCUCAGGCGGCAGAAAGAAGAUCAUGUCCCUUAAACCCCUCACCGACCUCUCCACCGUCCCCGCACCGGGCGACAUGACGGACGAAGAACGCACACGCCUCCGCACCGCCCUCGCUCGAGAGAUCCCCACGGAAACCGAUGAACUCUUCGCCACACCCCUCAACUACCGCUACCUCACCCCCAAAGUGCUGGAAGAGCAGAUCCGACCGCUUGUGGUGAAGCGGGUGGUGGAUUACUUGGGGGUGCAGGAGGAUAUGCUUGUGGAUGUUGUGGUCAGCGGGCUGGACGGGAAGCGCGGGGCGAGGGAGAUUGUGGAAGAGGUUGAGCCGGUGAUGGGGAGGGAGGAGGCGGAGGGGUUGGUGAGGAAGGUUUGGAGGGUUGCUGUGUUUUGGGGGGAGGCGGGGGGCAGGGGGUUGCUUUGAGUAGCUUCCAAAGUGGGAGACGUUGUGAUUGAGCGAGGUGAGUGUAUGUCAAGCUAUGUAUGCCUGAGUCUUCGCCCAGUGCGCAAGAACCAAUCAACCAAGAAGCUGCCAAGACUCAUUGUCCAAGUACUGCUACAUCGUGUUUCGGGCUGCGGACUUUGUAAUGCGUCAGCGCUAGA